AUCAACACAACAAAUUAAAUCCAAUUAACUUGUCUUUAAAAAAAUGAACUAAUUUUAUUCCGAACCUGCCAUGUGUACAGUUAGAAACCAUAGAAUUCAAAAUGUAUAUCGAUAUAGAGUUCCUUAUAGUCCGUCAAAGAGGUAGUAUCUGAAUUCAAUCACAUUAAUUUAUUGGAUACAAAAGCAAUCAUCGAAGUUUCAUGUUAUUGUCUAGGAUUAGAAAUCCUAGUGAGUAUUGAUAAUGUAACCAUGUUACAAUCGCUAUAAAUCAAUUUGAGCGCAUUUUGUAGCAUAAGAAUAUUGAACGAAGACUAAAAUAAUGUUAACUUUGAAAAAUGCAAAAAAAAGAUAAUACAUUUGUUGACCAUCUGUUAUAUUUGAAAGUUCAUCACCCCGAUCCUGUAUUCCGAACGAUUCGAAAUAUUUCGAACGACUUGAAAAAUUUCAUUCUGUAUUCCGUUUGAAUUGUAUAACAUCUUUCGUUCGACGCUACUCGAAUGUCAAACCCUUUCUUUAUUUCGUUCGAGUGGUGGUUUGCAGUCGAAUUUCUCCCGAUAUUUUUUUACUGCGGAUUGCUAAAAAAAUGGAUAAAACCAAAAACAUUACAACAACAAAGAAACAGUUUGAGCGGCUGGUGCAGCUUUUGGAGAAGAACCCCGACAUCGCAAAAGGAUUUAUACGUGGUAACUCCGGACCAUUUUGGAACGAUUGUGCUGCUGAAUUAAACAGUUUGGGACCACCCAUCCGUGACGGGUCUGGAUGGAAAAAGGUGUGGGCGGAUUAUAAAUCAGCGUUGAAGCGCAAACUCUCUCACAACAAAAGAGAGCAAAGGGCAACUGGAGGAGGACCCAACAGAACGAUACAUUUGUCUGAGCUAGAGGAGCAAGCGGUUCAGCUAACUGGACUGUUGGAAACCGUAGAAGGAAUACCAGGUUGUUCUUCACAAGGAACACCUAAGGGAAAAAACAACGAGGUUAAUGCAGAUGUAAGUUGCGAUUCAAUUGACGAGUCCGACGAUGCGAAUGAUACGGCUAUUCCUCAAUGCUCCCAACCAAAGAGACCUAGGCUAUCUGCCCUCAAUUUAGUUCAAAUACAAAUUGAACAACAACAGAAAUUUCACUCGGAAAUGGAAUCGCUGUUGGGUACCUCAAACAAAAACCUCAAUGAUAAUAUAUGGUACAUUACCAACGCCAAUUCGCCAAAGCAAUCAACUCAAUAGAUACUGGUCUCAAAGAAAUGUUGAAAGAACAAAAUCGACAUAACCGCGAAAUGGAAAAAAUCGCUGGAGGUUAAAAAAUGAAUAUUAGAAAUGCAAAUAGAACAUUUUUCCGAACAUUCAAAUAUUGCAUUAUAAAAAUAAACACAAGAUUUAGACAUUAGAUCACCAAAUCGUAUUAUUUUAUUUAUCGCAUACAAAAAGUAAAAAUAGAUGAUAGUUGCUAGUAUUGGAGAGAAUAAAAAUUUAUUGAUAUGACUCAUCAAAAUAUGCCCCCUACUGAGAGCAUCCGUAUUCCAAACAUGUAUUAUGAAGUGCACAGCACACAUUCACAAUUUGAGCACAUUUUGUAGGAGUAUAAUGUAGUUGUCGCGCUCCAAGUAAACAUCUAAAACGAUUUUUAAGAACACCGAUUGUUCGUUCGAAUAUGCCUCGACCUAAAGCAUGCCUCUGGUUGAAAUCGCUUUCCAAACUGCCUUCUUCCGGAGCUCUGAAUGGCGUUACCAGCCAUGAUUCCGAUGGGCAGCCUGCAUCACCUGUGGGAAACAAUUUUAUCAUGCACAUCUAGGAAAUUUAAACAAUUUUGUUUACCCAGUAUUUUGGUUUGUGUUCCGCCGCUUCGAUGCAUCUGCUCGAAAUACGUUCGUACAGGGCUUAUUCGCCAUAUAUGGGCAUCGUGAUUAGAUCCGUGAAAGCUAGGAUCAACGAAACGGAUCCUCUGCUGAUCGUCACAAACCUAUAAUGCCAAAAAAAAAAUUAAAUACAAUUUUUUUAAUUUAAUGCAUGCUGUACUUACAAUGAGAACGUUCAGACUGUAGAACCUCUUUCGAUUAUAAAAUAAAUUUCGAUUCUGAUUCCCCUAAUUUUAUUUUAUUUUGACGUAGGACUACGUCUAACCGGAAGAUAUAGGGGGUGAAAUGGAAAUCUAGGCACUGAACAAGUAGGAAAAAAUGCAAGAUUUGGAACGCUUAUAACUCGAGCA